GUGUCUCAAGCACAGUAUCCUGAGCCAAUGUGCUUUGAACUUCUGCCAUCAAAAGACACAAUGAACCAAGUGCUGUUUAAUCAAGCUUUCACGAUUUGGAGCAAUCAUGAUAACACCACCAGGAGUCACGCCGAGAAUCUACCAAUCACGGCAGAUAAUGGUCCUGUAGAACCACGCCCAUCACCCUCACCCUACCCACAAGCACACCAGGGCAAACUAUUAAUCGUACCUGAAGUAUCUCUGUCUCUAAGUUUUGAAGAAUCAGGAUGUCUUGAUGAGAAAAGCCCAAUUCCUCACGCUUACAUUCCUAAGAACAUUACCAAUGUCCUAUCUGAGGCAGUUAGUGUUACGGUAGACCAGGAGAAUAAAGCUCCUGACAGUCUACAACAUAGGCAUCCUGGUAAGCAAGCUGUUAUUACAAAAGCAYCACAAAGAGAGCCUUUAMGAACAAUUACUGCGCAACAAGUGAACACUCCAAKAGGUGYYGAGAACAGGCAAGCUUCUAUGAAGCGAGAUUUUAAGAAUAUYGAAAAGGAUUCGCGGAUAAGACCUGAUGRAACUCAAAAUAAAAACAUUGAAAAGCAUCCAAUAGGUAAAAAUGGAGCCCAGAAAAAAACACAGGAAAGAAAACUGCAGCAAUUUGAUGAUGUCGAAGAGAAAGUCCAGUUUAGUUCUACAACAAAAAACAAAKAUAAUGAAGAUACAAGAAAAUUAAGCGGAGAUUUACGGGAAAACGAUUGUGUUGAAGAAGAAAACUUAAAUCAAGCCAGAAAGACGUUAGACAAUUCUGAGUUGUGCGAUUCUGGAGUUGAAGAUUCAUCAAAAGAUGCUUCAUUUCCUGAAGAAAGCGAAACUAAGKGUCAUCAGCGCGAUCCUUAUGAGCUUAUAAUGAAACAAGAACAACAAAUAAAAGAACURCAACAACAGAUCAACCUAUUGCUUCUGCAACAAAGCUUAAGUCAUUUCUCCCACAAUGGYAUCCCAACUCCCCCUCCCACGCCUGUCACAGCCAACAGUUCUUACGUAUCACCGCUUCCYAAGACACCCAAAGAAACAGUCAGCACAAAUACAGAAGACAAUGGGAAAGUAACWACAGCUACAAGUAUUGGAUCUAGUUUGUUGCUGAGAUCACCGGUUAAGACUUGUAAAGUGUCUGCUGCAACAUCACCAAUGAAGAUCCAAGAGAAAGAACAAGACUUAGCAAGCGAAAGUUUCAUCGAAAKUCCCAAGUGCUCCUCGUCUAAAUGCGUAACAAGUGACCCGAAGCGUGCAUCCAACCAAUCUUUAGACAGUCAUCGACUCGAUCAGACCAUCGACGCAGAUGAGCUCGUUGUUAGUAAAUUAGAUGAUACCAACCAAACACUAGCAUCAUCUAUACAUGCUGUUGAUAUAUGUGAGUUCAGUCCUGAGCCUUCUACAAGGCAGUGUAGCCGUUUAAACGACUCAAGUCCUGUUUUAGGUGAAAGUGCAAGCAUGCUGCUAGAGGGACAAGCUUCCACGAAGUCAGCAAACCAUCAAUACGACAGCCUACUGUUGAAGAAUGAAAAACAGUUCUACGAUAAUCUGUUGAACAAGGUGAAAGAGUUGCUAUGUGAAAGCCCUGGAGAAGGAAAAACUACUGAUAGCUCGACAAAGGACAAUAAAUCAAGAGACCUYUCGGCRGUKCACGUACCUACCAGAGAGGAGGUGAUYCAGGCAACUGUACARGAGCUGGCGAGGUUGAAGGACAAUUCUGUAGACGAUGUUGGCAAGAAUACGUUUCAAGAUCGACAAUCGAAGUCCUUUGCGCCAAAUGACGUCAUUUCCGGUCUACCACGUCUUCACUAUCCCUCCAUGUCAAUCAAUGAAAGGAUGGGCAAUUCUGUCUUACAACUCAACCCUCUYGAUGCUGAAUACUUGAGCCAAAGUCAAAUCGACGAAUAUCGACAUUUAGUAAAUGACUAUUGUAGUGACUACGGUCAGGGGGAGGGGGGAGGAAAUUCAAAUGCGACAAACUGUACAUGGAAUGACUUGUCUUCAGCAACGCAGGACUAUUUACAGAGAUACAACCUGAACGGACGAGYACAUCAAAAAAAGAUGGUCGAAAAGAGUGUAUUAGAUAAGAGUAAAGCUUCGAUACAAUGCAAUGCUCCUCCCUCGACCCCCGAACCUCCAAGUGCUACAGAUAGAAUACUAGACAUUGAGAGGCUGAGAAAUCUUCCUAAACUGUUAUAAACUUGUAGAAUUUCAAGGGAAGUAACAUGCUAGGUAAACGUUAUAGGGCUGCUGCAUCUCUUUGUAAUAAUCUUGCCUCCAUUAUUGUACGAACCACAUACGAAACAAUGUGUCCGAAAAUAAAAUGUUUUGUACAACACGAUUC